AGAACAUUAAAAAUAAUAUUAGUACCAGAGGUCCUAGAGACUUCACAUUUGCCAUUAUAAAUUAACCUCUCCAUUUUUCAAUCCCAAUAUCCAUAAUUUUUUUCUUCAAAUACUUCAAGUGUUAAAACCUCAAUCAAAUUUUGUGAUGGCUCAAAUGGAGCUGCAGAGGGGAUUUCGUUUAUUUUGGCAACAAACAAUGGCUUUACUGAAGAAAAACUUGUUUAUCUCAAUGAGAAGCAAAAGAGCAACAUUUCUUCAACUGUUCUCUUCACUCUUGUUUAUGGGUCUUUUGUUUGGAAUCCAAAAGGCCAUGGAUUAUAAGGCAAAACAUCCAUCUGCAGUCGGAGCUGUCACUGAUCCAAAGCCUCUGAUGAACCCAUCAAUACCUCCGUGUGAGCACAAGUUCUUUAUGAAACGUCCGUGUUAUGAUUUUGUGUGGAGUGGAAGUGGUAAUCCAAGAAUUCAAUCCAUUGUUAAUGGAAUUCUUGCUAAUAAUCCUGGUCGCUCCAUAUCUCCUACCAAGGUUAAGUCAUUUAGCACGAAAGACGAAUUGACAAAAUGGCUUCUCAAUGAUCCAAUGCGUACCCCUGGAGCUUUGCAUUUUGUGGAACGAAAUGCCACAGUUAUAAGCUAUGGUGUAGUAACAAAUACUUCUACAUAUAUUCCAGUUCCAAGGCAACCUGAAGAUCCUACUUUCAAAUUCCUAAUCCCCCUUCAGUUAGCUGCAUCUCGUGAAAUCGCGAGGUCUUUGCUUGGAGAUUCAAAGUUCAGCUGGAAUGUGGGUCUUGAGGAAUUUCCACAUCCUGUACUAGAAGAUACGGAUGAGAGCUAUACAUUACUAAACUCUGACUCCCGAAUGGAUGCUAUGCCAUUGGUCGAAAUGUUCAGUCCAAUCUUCUUCUAUGCAAUUUCUAUGUUUGGUUUUGUAUUUCAGAUUAGCUUAAUGGUUCUUGAGAAGGAGCUCAAACUUCGACAGGCAAUGACUGUGAUGGGACUUUAUGACUCUGCCUAUUGGUGCUCGUGGCUAAUAUGGGAGGGACUUAAGGCAUUCAUUUCCUCACUCCUUAUAGUCCUGUUUGGCAUGAUGUUUCAGCUUCACCUUUUCUUGAGAAACAGCUUUACGAUUGUACUACUUUUGUUCUUUCUUUUCCAAUUCAACAUGGUUGGUUUUGCCUUCCUACUGUCAAACUUCAUCCGCAAGUCCUCUUCGACCACAUCUGCUGGUUUUGCUAUAUUUGUAAUUGGUGUCGGGACUCUGACAUUUUCACCGGCCCUCUAUGAUGAUACAGACCUUAAAACAAGAUAUAGAAGAAUACUUUGGUCUUUUUUUCCACCUAAUCCUUUUGCUGGAGGCAUAAAUGUGUUACAAUAUGGAUCAGACAGUGACGGGAUCAGCUGGAGCAGGUUAUCAGGAUGUGAUUUGGGUGAAUCAUGCUACUCAAUGCUCCACUAUUAUCGAUGGCUUAUAUCAACAUGCUUCUUGUGGCUUGUUUUGGCUAUCUACCUAGACAAUAUCAUACCCAACUCAGCAGGCGUAAGGAAACCCCUUUUCUAUUUUAUAAAACCUGGAUAUUGGACAGGGCGAAGUCAAGAGAAGCCGGAAGUUGUUGUUUCAGAAAAUGCCCCCAUUUUAGGUUCUGGUUCUGCACUAUCAAAUGACAGUUUCUCCCAAGAUGAUGAGGGUGUUCUCGACGAGGAAAACAGGGUGAAACAACAAGUCAAGGGAGGUAUUAUUGAUCCCAAUGUUGCUGUUCAGCUACGAGACCUUUCCAAGACAUAUUCUGGAACAAUGAGCUUAAGUUGCCACUCUUGUUGUCUAUGCUGUUUUUACUGUACAUGCAAGAUUAAGAAAGCUUACAGAGCUGUCCAGGGUCUUUGGUUAAAUCUUGAGAAGGACCAACUGUUCUGUCUCCUAGGACCCAAUGGAGCAGGCAAAACGACUGCAAUUAGUUGCUUAACUGGCAUAACCCCAGUGACUCGUGGAGAUGCAUUAAUAUAUGGAAACUCUAUCCGAAGUGCGGUUGGCAUUUCAAACAUAAGAAAGCUAAUUGGAGUCUGCUCACAGUUUGACACUCUUUGGGAUGCAUUGUCUGGACAAGAGCACCUUGAACUCUUCGCCAGCAUCAAAGGAUUAUCUGCAACUUCAAAAAGAUUGGAAGCUAACAGUUUAUUAGCUGAUGUAAAACUUGAUGAUGUAGCCAAAGUGAGAGCCAGUGGCUAUAGUGGUGGAAUGAAACGUCGCCUUAGUUUAGCAAUAGCAUUGAUUGGAAAUCCGAAGCUUCUCUUUUUGGAUGAACCAACAACUGGUAUGGAUCCUGUAACUCGGAGGCAUAUCUGGAGUGUAAUUGAGGCUGCAAAGCAAGGGCGUUCAAUCAUUCUGACAACACAUUCUAUGGAGGAAGCUGAUAUUUUAUCUGAUCGAAUUGGAAUUAUGGCAAAGGGAAGACUUCGCUGCCUUGGAACUUCAACCACGUUGAAAUCUCGAUUUGGAGCUGGUUUUAUUACAAAAGUUAGUUUGAAUAAAGUUGCUGAUGAUGUGAAUUCUGCAGCUGCUAAUGUGAUAGACAGGAAACGUGAGGCAGUCAAAGAAUUCUUCAGUCAGCACUUAGAUGUCACACCAAAAGAGGAAGAUAAAUCCUUCUUGACUUUUGUUAUUCCUCACGAGAAGGAGAAUCAACUAGGAAAAUUUUUCUCCAAGCUAGAAAACAGGAAAACGGAAUUUGGCAUACUAAAUAUCCAGAUAGGUCUUACAACGCUAGAAGAAGUGUUUAUGAACAUUGCAAAGAAGGCAGAGCUAGAGGAAGCCAAAUCUGAAGGAAGCAUCAAGACACUGACAUUAGCAUCCGGAACCACUCUCCAGGUACCCUUAGGAUCGAAGUAUGUCGAGAUCCCAGGGACAACAUCCUCGGAGAACCCUCGAGGGCUUAUGGUUGAGGUUUAUUGGGAACAGGAUAAUCAUGGCAAUCUCUGCAUCUCAGGACAUUCUAAUGAAAUUCCAGUUCCACCAGGUCUUCAACUAACAACUUAAAAGAGAGGUUUUAUUGUAUACCAGUUUUAAGGAAUUGCUUCAGUUAACGUAAUGCUUUGUAUAAUAUAUCCUAGCCUCAUUACAAAAGAGUUCAAAUUUUAGUUAUUAUGAGCAGCGCAUGGAGACAAAUCUUGAUUUCGUAUAAUGAGAAUGAAUUAUAUUUAUAAGUUUCAAACAGUGAUAUUCAUGGAGACAAUUAGACAAAUAUUUU